AUGGAGGUCUUUGUGUUGCUGCUGUCCUCUCUGCUGACUCUGAGUUCAGCAAGUCUAAAGGAGAAGAUCCCCCAGUCUGAAGAAGGUAAACAGAUUCCUUUCCCCUCUGAAGCCUGGAGCUGCUACUGAUGCUCUGACACCAUUUCUAUCAGUUGUGUUCAGAUUGUCUGUAAAAUAUCCCUGAAUGAAAGCAAAAAUGAGGUAUACAGAGUGUUUUAUUAGGCUGACCUGUACAGACUGUUCACUCUACCUGCUAACUACGGUCAGAGUACCACCUUGUGGACAGUAGUCCAAUAACCACCAUGAAAAAUGUCCAACACUCUCCAAAUGUGCAUGUUUGGUAAAAGCUCUGGCCUAAAUGGAUCACAAUGCCAUUUUAUCGGUGCAAGAUCACCUGUGGAUCACCACUGAGGCCCCUACCACACACUCCACCUUCACAUGUGGUGCAUGCGUGGGAAUAAUUUUUUAAGUCCUUUGAUCAAUUUUACAUAUGUUUAUAACUCUUUGAAAACAAGCUGUCUCUUGAAUCAACUUACCAAUUAUGAGAAAUGAGUUGAGCCAAAGGAGAGGGUAGAAAUUUCUCUACUCAUCAUGUAAAAUUAAAACUGAACAUUCUAACCUCAUAUACUGCUCUGUCAAAGCAAGACUAAUCCAGGGCAUCUUGAAGGUUUUAUCUAAAGACACGGUUAAAAACUUAAGCUCCCAGUUUUCUUAAGAAAGUCAAUUUCCAAACUGUAACAUAAUUCAAGCUCAUACAACUAAUCUUGUUUUUAUAACCUGCACAAAAGGAAAAAAAGAUAUGAUCAUGUUGACCUACUUUGGAAACAGGUGGUCAUAAUGACUGCCCACAUUUAUCUGUGAUUAAACAGCCAAUCAGGUGUAGCCAGCUCUCCCAAAGCUGAGCUGUUCAACCUGCCCCAUCCCAGAUGUUAUGACAAAUCUGUGUUAUCUAACGGUAAAGCACCAACACACAAGGGAAGUUUUUUAACUUGUCUUAAAUUUUUCAGAUUCAAGAACCAUGACUCCUUAAACAUUAAAAAUUCGGGAGAUUCAAAGCAUAUGUCACCCCCUAGGAGUAGGUAGCAUGAUUGCCAAGAGCCGUAAGCACAAGGAUUUCCUCAGUGAUGAUGCCCCUUAGCAUCAGGCUCACAGCAAGUAUAAAUCUUCAUGCAGUGCAUCCCCCGGUCCACAUGAACAUAACUCUCUGCUACUCGUUGUGAGGCCAAAAUAAUAACAAUUACAUUAAUAAAAUGACCUGCCACAUUUGUAUGUUAGUUAAAAUGUUUUUUUGCUAUAAAGAGCAAAAUGUGAUGUUUUAAAAUGACAUUUAGAGUAAAUACCAGCAGUCUAUUGAAUUGAAUCUUUUGAGAUCAAUCCUAAUUUUGAGGUGUUACACUUGUUACACAGGUCGGAUUACAUAGCUCUUAUUUCAAUUAAAUCAAGACUUUGGUUUUAAUGGCUGAACUCAGUGAUUAUGAAUGUUCGAACCUACAUUAUCUUUUUACUUUGAAGGGCAAAUGGUAAGCUUCCUGUUGAAAAUAGGUCAGGCUUGGUCCCUAAUAAAAAAUUACAACUUGUGGGUAUCACUUUUUUUAAUCAAUCUCAUGAUGAGAUGCAUCUAAAGAUGCACUUUUAAAAUCUAAAACUAAUUAUUCGAGGUCAUCAGACUUAAACUUAUUAAACCAUCUUCUUGAACUAAAACAUAAACUUAUAUGCAGGCAGUGCUGACCAUAAGGCUGAAAUGUCAGAGCCAUGAAAGUUUGAUUUUGAGGCUCAUAAACUUGGUUUGGGGCACAUCCCAUAAAAAGUCUUUGAAAUAUCUCAAAAGUUUUGCACAGGUUUGGAACUGCAACAAAAAUUUUUUUUUUUCUCCGCACCUCGUGGUAAAAAUCUUUAAAAAUGAGCAAUUGCAUGACCAACUUUGUCCACGUUUAAUCAGAAAUAAGAGGUGGCUCAGUGUCCCCUCCUGGAAUCUCAGUUUUAUAUCAUUUCAAAAUCAUUAACAAGUGAGGGAGAAGUGAAAAAAGAAGUCAAAAAGAAAGAAAGACAAAAGCACUCAAAAUACUGACCCGAUCAAUGAAGACAUUUCAUUAUACAUACAUGAUGAUGCAUUUUAAUAUCUUUAUCUGCUUUCAUGAGCAUCUUUCUGUAGGAAACAGGACAUGAGAACAGGAGGAGCACUGGCAGCAAAUAAAAAGUGUAACUUUACAGUAAGCAGACAACACACAGCUGAUGAUGAAACAUGACAUUUGUGAUGAUGGCCUCUGUUUUUAUCCUGUCUCCCUGCGCAGUCACUUUGGAGGACAGGAGUCCUGAAACCACCCCUAACAGGUCGGUCUUGCCUCCUCUAACACCUGCUGACCUUCAGAGGAACAGAACCAGUAAAUCCACCUUGACCCGCCAUCAAAGCCUUGCUCCAGUAUGGGUGACCAUGUCCGGGUCUGUUCCCUCCAGCGCUGUGUUCAUUUACAACCCCACCAGGGGUACUGACUAUGUGUGCAGAUACCGCUGCUUGGCAGGUUUCUAUAACCCCAAACUGGGGCAUCAGUGUCACUACCCCUACAGUGGCAGAGAGCGUCUCGGCUCCCCGUUUCAGAUCCUGGUGAGAAGAGGUGCUGUGAAUUGGAAGAAUGGCUCGUUUGGUUUGGUGCCCAAGAAUUCAGUUAGGACAUGCAACGAGAUGGGUCUUUUUGUUGGAAGGGUCAGCUAUGGUCUGGGGAUGGUGCGGGCUGCGAAUAAGGCCUGCUUCGUUCCUCGAAAUGGUCAUGAGUUUGUGUAUAGACACUAUCAGGUUCUGACUUUUAACUAA